UCAGGCAGACAAGAGGAGAGACAGAUCUCACAGAUAUCGGAGUGGCGUUGCCUCUGAAGACAAAAUGGGGAAAACAACAAACAGAAGCAUCAGUGCUCUUCAAAGCUCAGAGUAUGAACAAAACAUCGCUCUGAGGAAAUGUCCAGUGAAAUGUCCAACAUGUCACGCCAAGAUAAAUCUUUGUCACUGUUUGGAGGAUGGAGAAAGUUUCAGAUGGAGCCCAGAAGAUUCAAGAUUUCACACAGGGGAGAAAACCAAAUGGUUUAGCUCUGACAUUAAAGCACCUCAACCAAAGCAUUCUGAAAAGAGAGUCUGUAAGUGCAUAGAGUGUGGCAUGACCUCCAAGGGAAGUUCAGAACUUGAAAGCCAUCAAAGUAUACACACAGGACAGAAACCAUACAAAUCCCAUGACUGUGGCCAGGCCUUCAGACGCAAUUCACAUCUUCAAGUACAUCAGCGAAUUCAUACAGGAGAGAAACACUAUGACUGUAAAAAAUGUGGGAGGAGUUUCAGCCAAAUUGCAAAUCUUGUAAUACAUCAACAAAUUCACUCAGGAGAAAAGCCCUAUAUAUGCAAAGAAUGUGGAAAAUGUUUCAGUAAUUCCUCAAAUUUUAAAGUACAUCAUUACUGUCAUUCUGAGAAGAAGCCAUAUUCUUGUAAAGAAUGUGGGAAACGUUUCUGCCGGAGCAGUGUUCUUCAAAUACACCAGCGAAUUCAUACGGGAGAGAAACCCUAUCAGUGCAAUGAAUGUGGGAAAAAGUUCAGCCAGAAGUCAAGCCUUGUAGUACAUCAGCGAAUUCAUACAGGUGAGAAGCCAUAUUCUUGCAAAGAAUGUGGGAAACAUUUCUGCCGGAGCAGUGUUCUUCAAGUACACCAGAGAAUUCAUACGGGAGAGAAACCCUAUCAGUGCAAUGAAUGUGGGAAAAAGUUCAGGCAGAAGUCAAGCCUUGUAGAACAUCAGCGAAUUCAUACAGGAGCAAAACCCUAUAAAUGUGAAGAAUGUGAGAGGAGUUUCAAAAAAAGAGGAAACCUUAUAAUUCAUCAACGAAUUCAUUCAGGAGAAAAACCCUAUCAUUGUGAAGAAUGUGGGAAAUGUUUUAGCGAUCCCGCAAAUUUUAAAUUACACCAACGAAUUCACUCAGGAGAAAAACCCUAUGCAUGCCAAGAAUGUGAGAAAUGUUUCAGUUGUUCCUCAUUUCUUAAAGUUCAUCAACGCUCACAUUCAGGGGAGAAACCCUAUCAUUGUGAAGAAUGUGGGAGAAGCUUCAAAACUCGUUCAGCCCUUAAAACGCAUCAAAAAAUCCAUGCUGUUAAUAUGGAAAAAAAACUUCUCUUGAAGUAA